GUUGACAGCUGAAGUUCUCCUCCCGGCCUGCUGGUUGCGCACGCGCAGCUGGAUAAAGCGUUAGCUUAGCGGCGCCUUCAAGUGAGUGUUUCCUGUUUAAAGAAGAGAGAGGAGAGGAGACUCCAACAUGGAUAUCCGACCAAACCACACGAUCUACAUCAACAACGUCAAUGACAAAGUGAAGAAAGACGAGAUGAAGCGCUCGCUCUACGCGCUCUUCUCUCAGUUUGGCCAAAUUGUGGAAAUCGUGGCCAUGAAGACCAUGAAGAUGAGGGGUCAGGCCUUCGUCGUCUUCAAGGAGCUCGCCGCCGCCACCAACGCUCUGCGGCAGCUGCAGGGUUUCCCCUUCUACAACAAGCCCAUGAGGAUACAGUACGCCAAGACGGACUCUGAGGUCAUCUCCAAAAUAAAGGGAACGUACGGGGAUAAGGAGAAGAAGAAGGACAAGAAGAAGAAAGCUCAGGAGCCGGCAACCAGCCUGGCAAAGAAACCAGCAGCUGGAUCAGCAGCACCUGUUCACUCACCUGCAGUCCAGGUCCCGGACAAUCCUCCAAACUACAUCCUGUUCCUCAACAACCUCCCCGAGGAGACCAACGAGAUGAUGCUCUCCAUGCUGUUCAACCAGUUUCCUGGUUUCAAAGAGGUCCGUCUGGUCCCGGGGAAACACGACAUCUCCUUCGUGGAGUUUGAGAGCGACACGCAGGCGGGCGUGGCUAAAGACGCCCUGCAGGGCUUCAGGAUUACGGCCACCUGCGCCAUGAAGAUCACCUACGCCAAGAAGUAGUUCCUGUUUCUGAUCAUGUGACACAAAGAGACUCUGAGAGGGGGGGAGGGGGGCGGUCCCUGGAUUUCCGUUGUUGCAACAGAUCCUACUCAGUUUUGUAAAUCCUGCAGAGAUUUACCUGCAGUUUCAUUUUUUACUUUCUGUUUGUCGGGAGGGUGGGCGAGAAAUGUUCGGCCGCCAUCUUGGUUUGUAAAAUAAAAACUUUUACACUAA